AUGUCUGACGUUGAAAUUGAUCAAGAAGGUACCCAAGUUCAGGCUGAACAAGAAGUUGUCAACGACUUAACCACUGCCAUCAGAUAUGUCUUAAAGAAUUCAUUUGUUAGAGGUGGAUUACUUCGUGGAUUGAAUGAAGUUGUUUUAGCUUUAGAUUCAAAAAAAGCUCAAGUUUGUUUCUUGGCGGAAUCUUGUGAAGAAGAUUGUUAUAAACAGUUGGUUGAGGCUCUUUGCCGUGAGAGAGGAAUUCCUUUGAUUAUGGUUCCAGAUUCUAAGGAAUUAGGAGAAAUGGCAGGUUUAUGUAAGGUCGAUAGAGAAGGUAAUCCACGCAAGGUUGUUGGAGCUGCAUCAGUAGCUAUUGUAGACUAUGGUGUUGAAUCUGAGGCUUACCAUUAUCUUCAAAAACACAUUGCUGAGAACUGUCGCUCUUAG